AUGGCAGAAAACAGAAUGUCGACGCCGACACUCAUCAACCUUCCGCCUCCGCCAUCAGAUCCCGUUACGCCGUCUGAUAUGGGACCAGGCACACCAAACUCCGGCACAACCUCUCUCUCCGCCCUCUCAACCACAGCCAUCAAAGACGGCCACCAGGGCCAUCCGCAUCCGUACGCACGCCACACGCACCAAUCGUCCUCUGCAAGCGCGACAUCGACAUCGACCCUCGAAGCGGAGCGAGCAGAUCGGAUUUCGCGUCUGGCGGGGUUGGAGCGUAUAGCGACUGCGCGGGCUGGUGGAAAUUCUCAAAAUGUUGCGGCGUCGCUGGCACCGACGGUGACAAGUGGCGCAGCAGGGGGGCAUUUCUCUCAACAAGCCUAUAACCCGAAUAAUAACAAUAACUAUAACAAUCAGCAAGGGUACUUUGACUCCUACCCGCAACAACUCCUCAAAGAAAGAAGCACAGUCGGCAGCGCAAGCGCCACAGGCAGCAUCGGCGGACGUACAACCUGGGCCAGUGGCAGCGACGCAUUUGAUCCUGAUAAGAUGAGUGAAGAUCAAGACCAUGACUCGAGUGUGAGUGAUGAUGAUGGCGAUGAUGAUAGGAUGAGCGAUGAAGGGAAUGCCAGUCUGGUAGGGUUUGGGGAAGGUGCGAAUAGUACGAUUAGUGGACCGAUAUCGACUAUUAGUGCGCCUGCUGCUGGUGGUGUCCCUGCACCAGUGAGACUGCAGUCGUCGUCGUCGACGGGGACGAAUCCUCCUCGGCCGGCGACGUUUGGGAGUCCGAAUCGUAGUAGCGGUGGAUUCGCGAAUAAUCUGUACAGCAGCAAUAUUCCGCAGCAGCAGCAGCGACUCUUUUCGCCUUCGCCGGCGGGAUCGAAUACGCCCGAGCCGUACGGUGAUGCGCGCAUGCUGGAUGGGAUGACCUAUGACUCUGAUGUUGUCGAUACAACCGUGCGGACGCCGCGACUUGUGGGUGGUCAGAAUGAUCAAGAUGGUCAGGGCAUAAUUCCGCUGGACGAUAAAUCUCUUUAA